AUGGGUGGAAGCCAGCAGAAUCCCUACAGAGUUGGAGAAGCCUCUCUCCAUAGCCAGGAGAAUAAAGGAAUUUUUUCACAGUCGGAGGUGACUCAGGAGAAGGGUAAGGAGAUGGAAGAGCAGGACCCAGAAGGACCUGGAACUGGCGAGAGAGCAAUGAAAGAUCCCUUUUUCUUCCAAGCUGGGAGUAGUGUUGAAUUUUGGGAAAGAUCUGUCCCAGAGAUCCUGCCUAAAGAGACCAUGACCUCAGAUAUGCAUUGCCAGCGCUUCCGGCAGUUCUGCUACCAUGAAGCUGAUGGGCCCCAAAAAAUGUGGGGACCAUCCGUGAAGAUAGAAGCUGCCUUCUCUGAGGCGGAAGGAGCUUCUUUGGAGCAAGGGCAGAGGGGGCCGGCCCAGGAGUGUGCCCAAGAAACCCCUUCAUGUGCAGAGGUUGAUCAGAGGAAUGAGGAAGGUGAGGAACUUCACCGGCAAUUGCCAGAUAAAGUUGAAAAUGGAGAUUUCGAAGGAAACUUCAGGAAUCAAGGCAGAUCCAAGAGGCAGAAAGGCAGCCAAAUGGUCAAGAAUAGAGAUCAACCCAUUCCUUGCCAAGGGGGGCAUUUCCAAAGAGUCAUUCACAUGGCAGAAGAAACAUACAAGUGCUCAAAAUAUAGAAUGGACAUCUCAGAGCAAACCCAAAAUAAUGUCCAUGAAAAGAAAUUCAGUUCAAGUGGCAGUCUUCAACACCAUCUAAGAACCGAAAGAGGGGAUAAACCUUUUGAGUGCUUGGAGUGUGGAAAGAGAUUCAGUUGGAGUUUCAAUCUUAAACAGCACCAAAAAACCCACACAGGGGAGAAACCAUUUGAAUGCAAAGAGUGUGGAAAGAGAUUCAGGCAUAGUGGCACUCUUCAACAGCACCAAAGAAUCCAUGCAGGGGACAAACCUUUGGAAUGUUCAGAAUGUGGAAAGAGAUUCAGGCAGAGUAGCCAUCUCCAACGGCAUCAAAGGACCCACACAGGGGAGAAGCCUUUUGAAUGCUCAGAGUGUGGAAAGAGAUUCAGGCAGAGUAGCCAUCUCCAACGGCAUCAAAGGACCCACACAGGGGAGAAGCCUUUUGAAUGCUCAGAGUGUGGAAAGAGAUUCAGGCAGAGUAGCCAUCUCCAACGGCAUCAAAGGACCCACACAGGGGAGAAGCCUUUUGAAUGCUCAGAGUGUGGAAAGAGAUUCAGGCAGAGUAGCCAUCUCCAACGGCAUCAAAGGACCCACACAGGGGAGAAGCCUUUUGAAUGCUCAGAGUGUGGAAAGAGAUUCAGGCAGAGUAGCCAUCUCCAACGGCAUCAAAGGACCCACACAGGGGAGAAGCCUUUUGAAUGCUCAGAGUGUGGAAAGAGAUUCAGGCAGAGUAGCCAUCUCCAACGGCAUCAAAGGACCCACACAGGGGAGAAGCCUUUUGAAUGCUCAGAGUGUGGAAAGAGAUUCAGGCAGAGUAGCCAUCUCCAACGGCAUCAAAGGACCCACACAGGGGAGAAGCCUUUUGAAUGCUCAGAGUGUGGAAAGAGAUUCAGGCAGAGUAGCCAUCUCCAACGGCAUCAAAGGACCCACACAGGGGAGAAGCCUUUUGAAUGCUCAGAGUGUGGAAAGAGAUUCAGGCAGAGUAGCCAUCUCCAACGGCAUCAAAGGACCCACACAGGGGAGAAGCCUUUUGAAUGCUCAGAGUGUGGAAAGAGAUUCAGGCAGAGUAGCCAUCUCCAACGGCAUCAAAGGACCCACACAGGGGAGAAGCCUUUUGAAUGCUCAGAGUGUGGAAAGAGAUUCAGUCGGAGUGGCACUCUUCAACAACAUCGAAGAACCCACGUAGGAGAUAAACCUUUCGAAUGCUCAGAGUGUGGGAAGAGAUUCAGGCACAGCGGCACUCUUCAACAGCACCAGAGAACUCACACAGGAGAGAAACCUUUUGAAUGCUCAGAGUGUGGGAAGAGAUUCAGGCAUGGUGGCACUCUUCAACGGCACCAAAGAAUCCACACAGGGGAGAAACCUUUUGAAUGCUCAGAGUGUGGGAAGAGAUUCAGCCAGAGCUCUCGCCUCAUCAGGCAUCAGAGGAUCCACACUGGCGAGAAACCGUACAAGUGUUCAGACUGCGGAAAGAGUUUCUGCCAGCGAUCUGGGCUCAUGGUUCACCGGCGAACACACACGGGUGAGAGGCCUUACCGAUGCUCCCACUGUGAGAAGAGCUUCAGCUUGAACUCCAACCUCAUUGCACACGAGAGGACUCACACGGGCGAGAAGCCGUUCAAAUGCUCGCACUGCGGGAAGGGUUUCAGUCAGCGGUCAGGUCUCCUUGCUCACGAAGGGACACACCGGGAAGAGAAGCCAUACAAAUGCACGGACUGUGGGAAAAGUUUCUGUCGCAGUUCAGAUCUCAUCGUCCAUGUGACGACCCACACGGGGGAGAAGCCUUAUAAAUGUUCCCGCUGUGGGAAGAGUUUUAGUCGGAGGCCAGACCUCAUUGUGCAUGAGAGGACCCACACAGGAGAGAAACCAUAUAAAUGUCCCGACUGUGGGAAAAGUUUUAGUCAGAGGUCGGGCCUCAUAGCGCACGAACGAACCCAUGUAGAGGAGAAACCAUACAAAUGCGGGAUUUGUGAUAAGAACUUUAGCCAUAGCUCACAUCUCGCCGUACAUGAGACAACGCAUGUGGAAGAGAAACCUUUUAAAUGCCUGGAUUGUGGGAAAAGCUUUGGCCGGAAGCCAGACCUUGUAGCGCACCAAAGAAACCACACCGGGGAGAAACCGUACGAAUGCUCGGACUGUGGGAAAUGCUUCAGCCAGAGGCCGAGCCUGAGUGCACACGAAAGGACCCACAUGGGGGAGAAGCUGUAUCCAUGUUCUGAUUGCGGGAAGAGCUUCCGCAACAGCUCCAAUCUCAAAUCCCACGAGAGAACCCAUAUCGGAGACAAACCGUACAAGUGCUCAGUCUGUGAGAAGAGUUUCAAAUGGAGCUCCAACCUCAUUGCCCAUGAAAGAACCCACACAGGCGAGAAACCCUACAGGUGCCUGGACUGUGGGAAAAGCUUCAAGUGGAGUUCAGACCUUAGCAGACACCAGAGAACCCACAUGGGGGAGAACUCUUGAAGGGCCUGAACAUAAAGCAUUAUAAAGUGCUUUCACACAGUGUCUUAGAAAACACGGAUGUAUUGGGGGGGGGGAUUAACUUGUUUGUAUGAGUAUCACUGUAUGUCAUGCACAGAGGUGCCAUUUUGAAUUAGCUUUGUGGCUAUCAAAUUUAAAGAAGAGCCUUCAGUUUGGGUUGUUUAUUUCAAAUUGAGACAUGAAUUUUAGCAGCUUCUGACCAUGUGUUCCACUUCCCCUUUCCUCCUUGGAGUCCUCACUCCUCCGAACCACUCCCUCUUCCUAAAUUUGCCAAUUCCUUGGUCCGAUUCCUUCAGGAUUCUGCUCCCUCCUUUCCUAGACCUGCUUCUUUCAGACUUCCCUUUCCUACAUCAUUCUGCCUAGUCUUGUUGUUUUGACGGACCUGAGCGGCUUGUUCAAAGGCACCAAACCUUGCUUAAACCCACCCCUCUGUGACAUCAGAGCAGCCUGGCCAGUCGUUGGCAUAGGCCACCUGACAAAAUGCAGUCAUGCAUUUCAACGUAGAUGAUUCAAGAGUGUGUCCUGUUUCUCUAAUGGCAGGAUAUGAUAUCAUGGUAGACACUUGCGCUGAAGAGGCAUUCCACUUUUGGGAGGAAGAAUGGACCUUCUCUUGUGGGCAAGAGAAAGGGGGAGGCCCUUGUAUAGUUUAUGAACACACCUCAUAUAAAAACUUACUUUCUUUUCCAAAUUG